GAGAUUAUAGAAAUAUUAUAAAAAACGGUAUAGCUCAACCAUAACAAUUUUCUUUUCAAAAUUUUAAGAACGCUAUGAAGUGAAACAACAAUGUUGCUUUUUGAGGCCACGAUAUUACUUUUAAUAGGUUUUUGUGAAUAUUCUUCUGCUACUUCUUGUAGAGGACAGGUUGGUGAGCUCAUAGAUGUCAGUAGAAGAGGACCUUCGUAUGUUAUAAAAUCAUCUGCUGAGCCUACCAUAUCUGACUCUACAGUACCAGCAGGAUGGUACAUUGCUAAGGACAGUGUCCGAUUCUACACGCUGGUUAACGGAACAGCACCAGAGUAUGCGCAUUGUGGGACAUAUAAUCCGAUAUAUAUCAAAGACAAGCUUGGAAAGCUGGAAGAGGGCAAAGAAUAUCCUCUCAUUGCAUGCCUAGUAGACUUUGACAGCAGUUGUAAAUAUCGUUAUGAUAUCAAAGUUCGUAAAUGCGGACGAGAAAUUCAGUAUUAUCUAAUUCCAACUGAUGGGACAAGCGCAUACUGUUUCGGUAUGGGAUUAUUUGCAAAUAAUUUGACAACAUUUGUAAACAUUUGUCGACGAACUUAUUUAUAUGUUAAAGCCUGUUGUUAA